CAUUAUUUUUUUCGGAACCAGGAAAUAAGAGGCUGAACUGCAAAGUGCCUUUACCCGGAAUUGCUCUAUAAUGAUAUACUGAUGCGUCGUGUAUGUGUUUUCUGUUUAUUACAUUGUAAAAAUACAGCGUGUGCUUUAAUAAUUAAAUAACGUACGUUGCUUUAACCCAAAACAAUUAUUGCAAUACUUAUUCGGUGCUCUCCGAACUAUAUCGGCAGCAAAUUAGGGAUUAAACCUCAAAUCGCUCCUUCCGUGGGUAACUUCUUAAUGUAUAGAUUAACAACGGAUUUCUCUCGGAAACAUCACUUUACAUUUGAAGCAUAUAUACAUAUUUUUUUUCGCUGAACCGCGGGCUGCGGACCGGGACCCGAACCGAAAACGCCCCUUUAGAGAGGCGGGUUGAUAGGGGCGGGAAGCGCGAGUAUCCUUUACGUCCCGCCGCCACAUCUCACGCCCCAGAGAAGCGCAGCCGGCAGCGCGGUCCGAACCUCGGAAAGCAGGUCCACACAUGGCGAAAGGUGCAGUUUCCCUGCCCUGAGGUUGCUGGUCGUCAGCAGAUCUCUGCCCGUCUCUGCUGCGGUAGCCGUCCAGACCGAGCAGACCAUGGGUGCGGAAGGGGACGCCACGUCGACAAACUCCAUGCGGCUGAAGCAGGAAAUCUCUCUCCUCCACGGGGUCUGCCUCAUCGUGGGCAAUAUGAUCGGCUCUGGCAUCUUUGUCUCCCCGAAGGGAGUCCUGCUCCACACAGGAUCCUUCGGCCUGUCGCUGGUGGUGUGGGUCAUCGGGGGCGUCUUCUCAGUCUUCGGGGCUUUGUGCUACGCCGAGCUGGGCACCACCAUCCGGAAGUCGGGCGCUAGCUAUGCCUACAUCUUGGAGUCCUUUGGGGGUUUCCUGGCCUUCAUCCGCCUGUGGACGUCGCUGAUGAUCGUGGAGCCGGCCUGCCAGGCUGUCAUCGCCCUCACCUUCUCCACCUACCUGGUCCAGCCCUUCUACCCCACCUGUUUCGCCCCUUAUGUUGCCGUACGACUCAUAGCCGCCCUCAUCAUAUCACUCUUGACCUGUGUCAACUGCAUGAAGGUGAAGUGGGGGGCCAUCCUGCAGGUGAUCUCCACGGUGGCCAAGGUCUUGGCGCUCAUCGUCAUCAUUAUUGCAGGGCUGGUCAAGCUGGGUCAAGGCAAGGUGGAAAACUUUCAGGAGUCAUUUCAGAACUCCAAGGUGGAUGCCGGGAAUUUGGCCCUCGCCCUGUACUCUGCGUUAUACUCGUACUCUGGGUGGGACACCCUCAACUUCAUCACCGAAGAGAUCAAGAACCCAGAGAGGAACCUUCCGCUGUCGAUCGCGAUCUCCAUGCCCAUUGUCACGAUCAUCUACAUCCUUACCAACGUAGCCUAUUACACGGUCAUGGAUGUGGACGCAGUGCUCAACAGCGAAGCUGUCGCCGUCACGUUCGCUGAUGACGUUCUGGGUUAUGCCAGGUGGCUGAUUCCGCUUUCUGUGGCCAUUUCCUGCUACGGUGGUUUGAACUCCUCGAUAAUCGCAGCUUCCAGACUCUUCUUCGUGGGCUCUCGUGAAGGCCAGCUCCCUAAUCUCCUCUGCAUGAUCCACGUCAAGCGCUAUACUCCCAUUCCCGCUCUGCUUUUCAACGGAGGGAUGUCCCUCAUAUAUCUGUGUGUGAAGGACGUCUUCCAACUAAUAAACUACUUCAGCUUCAAUUACUGGCUGUUCAUUGGCCUCUCCAUUGCCAGCCAGAUCUACUUACGUGUCAAGAUGCCUGAGAUGCCUCGUCCAGUCAAGCUGAGCCUGUUUUUCCCAGUCGUCUACUGCGUAUGCAGUGUGUUCCUAGUGGUGGUGCCUCUCUACAGCGACACCAUCAACUCACUAGUGGGCAUCGGAGUGGCCCUCUCUGCCGUGCCAGUCUACUUCCUCUGCGUGUAUCUGCCAGCCAGAUCCCGGCCUGCUUUCCUGGGCAAACUUCUAGGCUUCAUCUCGCUCACCACCCAGAAGCUGUUUCUGUGCUGCGUGGCCGAUCCGGACCUGGACCUGGAUAAUCCUCCAGAUAACAAGGAGAGUUGAUCCUGAGAACUUCUGCUUAUCUUGGCCUGGGAUUCCACCCCACUGAUCUCAUGCAGCGUGUUCGUAUUUACUCUAUUGACUGGAUUGUUUGCUGAGUACUGGCCCGAUUCCAGGUUAAAGGGCAUUUUAUUGAAGUUUCUCUACGACAGACACAGCGUCCAUGUUUCCUUAAUACCAUCGACAAACAAUCUGUAUCGUGUGUAUGGUGUGCUGCUGCCAUGAUUAGCUUGUGUCUGCAACAAAACUUUAGGUACAAUUAAUAUAAAAGCCAGAAAGCUGGAUCCUUUAAGUGCCUGAAAAUACAUCCAGAAUCAGUGAAACAUUCCCACCUGAAAAAAGGAGUCACUGUGGCCACUUUCACAGGAAGUGUUUAGUGAAAGAAGUCGAUCCUGGAGAAACGCCAUGUCUUUUGAUAAGUGCAAACCUUCCUUCCUCAUUUUCCAAAUUAUUACUUUCUAAUUAGUGCUGUAAUUAUUAUUCAUGGUUCUUGGCACUGAUGCCUAAGGUGAGGAUCGGGCGUGAGCCUCAUCGAUGGACAGUUAGGCUAUCCAGUGCCCACUACGGCCAUUUUGUUUUGCUAGAUAAUUUACCCGACAGCUGAUAAAUUGAUAACCAAGAGUAGUGUGCUCGUGUUUUGGUGAUAGGGGACUAUCCGGGGUGGGGGGUGGGUGGAUGUGGGACGUGUUAUUUCCUUUAAGUUUUUUUAUUAAAAUGGAUUUGAAAUGAAGCUGUACAUGCACAUCUGUCUGAGAGUGAAGCUCUCCUAUAUUAGGAACUGAUCUUAAUUGCUAUAUUAGCAUGGCUGCUUCUGGUUGCUGCAUUCAUUGGUAACGAAUGUGCAGCCAUUUUUAAGCACAUGCAGUUAUGGGUAGUGUGGGAAACUGUAAUACACUUUCCUGCCAGCUGAGGGCCUCCCAGGUCUUUGUCCUGCCGGGUUGCGAUCAGUUCAUCCUUGUUCUGGUUGUUGUGAUGUCCUCCACAAACUGGAUUGUUUUUUUUUUAAUGGGAAGAUUAUACUGUAAUGUUUUAGAAGAGCUUUUCUUUGUAUACUUCAGUGUCCUGAGCCAUUAAAAGCAAACAGACAGAUGCCGAGGCACAGGGUUAUUCAGCCAACCCAGCUUUAGUGCCGGUGACUGUCUGAUGAUAUUAAAGAUGAUACUCAGGUUAUUUUUAAAAGCUGUUUUGCUGCAGUUUGUUGUUGCUGUUUUUUACGUUUGUGUUAUGCAUCUCAAUCCAAAGUGGAUUCUGCUUUGGGCUGUUUGUCAUUCUGCUCUGUACCUGAUUUGUUUCUUCUUUGUAAAGUUGAUUUAUGCUGGUGAAAGUAUAAUAAAGAAAUUCUGCUUUUCAUUUGGACAA